AUGCGUAGCCUCUUGAUUUGUCUCAUCCUAGCAUUUUCUUUCCCUUCCAUCACAAAUUCUUGCUUCUUUACUCCACAAUGGAAGAUGUAUAUUAUGAACGGUACUCCUGAUAAUAUUCUUAUGCAUGUUAGAUCAAAAGAUGAUGAUCUUGGGAAACAUAAUGUCACUUCAAAUGGUUAUUAUCAUUGGUCAUUUUGUGAUAGACUUGAUAGCACAACAACAUUUGAUGCUGAGUUUUGGUGGGGUGAAUCAUAUGAUUGCUUGGAAGCGUUUGCUAAACUUGCGCGAACAACAUGCGAUAGGUUUGGAGGGAUUGGAUUUCGUGUUGUUUAUUGUUAUUGGCAAUUAAGAUCUGAUGGAUUUUAUAUAUCUCCAGUGAAUGUAUCAUUCCCUAAUCCAUCAUGGGCGUUUGCUAAACCUUGGGGUUCAGGUGGAACGCUUUGUAGUACGCAUAUAGUAUCGAAUAAAGCAUGA